AUGAUGUUUGCUUGGGGGCUGGGCAUAGGUGAGAAACUACGCCAGCUUCUUCGCGAGCAUGGGUCUUUGAAACAGCUGGAGUUGCAGGUAUCCCGCUGGGCCAAGCGUCUUCAAUCUGAGGGGAAGGAGGGUCAGUGGGUAACCCGUGCCUACUUGGCUGAUGAUCCUGAUGGGAUCCUUCUGGAUACCAACCUUGACCCGGAGGAGGAAUUCGGGACCAAGCCUCGUUCUUCUGAUCCAGACCACAAAGAGGCACUGAUCAAGCAGGCCACUGCUGCUGCCUCGAUUGCGGACCAGAUCAAUGGGCUGGUUAAGAUUUUGAACACCAAGUACACAGCUCUCAGUGAGCAGCAGGCAGAAUACCUCAGCAUGGAUGACACAAGGGGUCUGGAUGAGAAGAAGAAGAAUAUCAUGAACCUGUUUGCAGCUUGCACCAAGACUGAUGUGACCUUAAACAACUACAUCACCCGCCUGGAUAUCGAUGAGGAAGCUGAUGAUCAUCACGUAGAACCAGGCCUGGUGUUGCUGCAGUCUGGUGGAGGUGGAGUGGUGAAUGUCGCAGGGGAUGAAUCAUCGGAUGACUUGGUUGAUGCUCUUCUUCAAGAUGCGGAGAAUGGAGUUGCCACGGCGCAUGGGGUGCUACGUUUGGCUGGGGUCACUGCAAAAAGAAACAAGAAGCUAGGUGUAGUUGACACCAAUAUCAACAAGAUAGCCCGCUAUCGGUUAACAAAGUCGGGGAAGACUGGAAAGAAUGCAGCCCGGGAUUUCCGCAGGUAUAUCUUUCGAGAUGGGAAGACCUUUCCAGUAUCCAUUAGUUCUCCUGAAAUUCCACUUCGUCAGAAGGUGCGAACAAAGCAUGGCAGGCGUAAACGCUCUAUCCGCGAGAUUGUGGUGAAGUACCCAGUCAUUUUGUUGACCAAUUGGAUGAAAACCAUUCUCCAGAAAUCUCCAAGAUUCCUUUUGGGUGGCCAUGAUAUUGGUGGCUCUGCCUACAUGGGUAUGCUGGAAGAGUUUUGGGAUAACUUCCGGCUUGUAGAUGAUUCACACCCAAUCUACCAAAAAGACCCAAGCCGACGAAAACGAACGAUACCAAUAGCUCUACACGGAGAUGAAGGAAGAGGACUCUCAAGGGCUCCAGUUCUGAUCUUGAGCUACCAAGUGUUGAUCCCUUUCACUGGUGUGGAAAGCCUGAAUGCUUCAGUGCAUUCCUUUUCCACCCGACUACUGUACACCGUCUUGCCUUCGCAGUGGUACGCCAAAGAUGAUGCCAGCAUUGAUGGACUCCAUCAAGCCCUGGCAGACGACUUUUGUGCUGCUUUUGAGGAUGGUGUUUCAGUUGAUGCCCUUUGCCUACAAUAA